CUAGAAGUGACUCUAACAGGAAACCUAGCAGGCGUCCUGUCCUCCCACAGAUCCGUUUUGCCUAGCUCUCUGCUCUUUUCUUCGUUGGAAGCCUCCACGCAGCUCUUUCUCGAUCAGAAAAUUAACAGUACGGCGGUGGAACGCUUGGGGAUGAGGACAGGUCUUCUUGGCGGUCCCGUGCUAAACUUGGUGGAUGCCCCCCUGUCUCUCAGACCCUUGCGAAAGGAUUUUUAAACCCUAAGUUGGUUUUUGGGCUCAUCACUCCGCACGCCAUGCCUUGAUGGUAGGUGCCCUUGUCACCUGCAUCCACUUGCCGAACCUGAAGGGAUCUUUGGAGUGAAAGGAUGAUGCCACAGUUAUUCUGCAGGUCAUCUUCAUGAGGUCCAGUAUUCACCUGCGCUUUGGCACGUCAUCCCAUGACCCAGGGCGUGAUGGCUCGUGCCGUGCACCAGAGAAAGCUGAGUGGGGUUGGUUUGUAGCUUUUUGGAGCUAUUGGAUCUAUUAGGCUGUCUCUAGGCUCUUGGAAGAGGAUCGCAUUUUAUUUGACUGUCAAACUCGUAGGAGCUGCUGACAUUUCUAGCUGUCAAAAAAAAAAAAAAAAAAAAAAAAAAAGAGGGGAAGUGGUGAAGGUUUUAAUGGUGCUGGAGGAGUCGGCCUCCGGUCUCCCUGCAGCAAAAUCAAAGAGUUGCAGGAAGUCUCCCAACGCCGGCUGCGGUGAGGAGCGCGGAGCUUGCUCGUGAAGCCUUUCCCUGCUCAGCUCAGGGUUUGCUGGUUUGAGUUCCUAAAAAUUAGCACUAUGACUGAUGGAGACUAUGAUUAUCUGAUCAAACUCCUGGCCCUUGGAGACUCUGGGGUUGGAAAAACAACGUUCCUCUACAGAUACACCGAUAACAAAUUUAAUCCAAAAUUCAUCACGACAGUAGGGAUAGAUUUUCGGGAAAAACGAGUGGUCUACAACAGCAGAGGACCAAAUGGAUCUUCAGGAAAAGCCUUCAAAGUACAUCUCCAGCUUUGGGACACAGCCGGACAGGAAAGGUUUCGAAGUCUCACCACAGCGUUUUUCAGAGAUGCUAUGGGCUUUUUACUAAUGUUUGAUCUCACCAGUCAACAGAGCUUCUUAAAUGUCCGAAAUUGGAUGAGUCAGCUGCAAGCCAAUGCAUAUUGUGAGAAUCCAGAUAUAGUCUUAAUCGGUAAUAAAGCUGAUUUAUCAGACCAAAGAGAGGUAAACGAAAGGCAAGCAAAAGAUCUGGCAGACAAAUAUGGCAUACCGUACUUCGAAACAAGUGCUGCUACUGGACAGAACGUGGAGAGAGCUGUGGACACGCUUCUGGACUUGAUAAUGAAGCGUAUGGAGCAAUGCGUGGACAAGACCCAAGUUUCCGACCCAGCCAACGGCGGGAGCUCGGGAAAGCUAGGUUCGGCAAAACCGGAGGAGAAGAAGUGUGCCUGCUAAACGUCGCCUUCAAAACUGGGAGAAGCAGUGAAAAUAUUUCCUCAGAAUACAGCUGACCUACCACCAAAUUCAAGCCGGCUCCGCCGAGCCACGCCCAGAAGCGAAGUUCCGUUGUUUUAUUGGGAUUGUGCGCUUUUCUCCAAAGAACUGGUUUCAAACUCCCAAGCUGUGUUUCAGUGAGGCUCUUGUGCUGGAAUGAUUCUUCUUGACACGGUGCCGUCUUCGUGGAAAACUCUCCCACCUCUUCUUUUCCCCCAGCCCUCAUCUUUAUGUUUUGUGCGAUCAGGAUAUUGAAUAGAGGAGAGUAGCUUUAUUUUUUUUAAAAAAAAAAAAAAAAACGAGGGAAAGAACCGAUUGUCUGCAUACACUGGAUGCUAAAAUUAAAACGGAGGUGGGUGGUUUUCUAGGUCCGUGCCGUUUUUCCACAGAAUCCUUUAUAAUUCUUAACCUUCAUCAGGGACCGGGUGUUUUCGAAGGCAGAGAUACAAAAGAUUUUAUGCGGCCUCUUACGAAAAACUUAACGCUGUGAAUCCGUCCCGACUGAAUCACUGAGACAGUGGCUGGGGGAGGCGGGGGGGUUGUGUGAGUGUGGUUUGGGUUUGAGGGGAGGAAGUAGGGCAUUUAAUUUGGAAAAAAAAAAAACAAAAACAAAAACAAAAAAAAUGAUCAGGGAAUUGUGCAGCAUCGCUUGUGCUGCCAAUAAUCCAAGCAGGGAUUGGAGCGUUACGGGGAAAAAUUAUGGAGGGGGAUUUUGAUGCUGCAGGGAAAUAGUUUAUAAAGGAGAGGGUAUAAUGUGUGGGAAGAGAGAGAAACUAUAUUUUUUAAGACAGCUUCUUACCGUUAGCAAAAAAUAUUCUCCCCUCCUCAAGGCAACUAUUCUUCUUUUUCUCUGGGUAACUGUAAACUCUGCUGUGCCGAGAGCGCCUCCGAGUUACCGCCGCAGCUUUGCCGGGUCCGCGCGCUUAGGUUUGCAACAGAGGACAGCUUUCUCAUACUCUUAAAUCUGCUCCAAGAGAGCCAAGUGGAAAAAAAAAAAAAAAAAAAAAAAAUGGGAUGGGAGGACUUGGAAGGACGCGAGUCCAGAAUAGGUGACCGAAGAGAUGGAAAUGGGUUGCGGGAGUUUGCGGGUGUCUGGGCGCGGAGGGUGGGAGUCGCUGCGUUGGCGUGCAGCGGCGGAAGGGUGCAGUGCAAAAGAUAAGGCAAAUGCAGGGAAGAAUAAAGAAAAAUACUAUAUUUAUAAGUAGAGAUCAUUUUCUAAGCCGAGUUACAGCAUAUUUAUUAGUCUACCCCGGCCUUUUUUGUAGAAUAACCGUUGUGUUUUUAUACAGGUGGUAGUUGGAGGUCUGUUUGUGUUUAUUGCGCUUUAAGCUACUUGAAAAUCACUUGGGAGGCUGCAGACUGGGGUGGGGGCAGGGGGGAAAACAAAUCUCUUUACAAACCAAGCUGCUUUAGUUGGGUUGACAGGGCUGCAGGCUUUCCUUUGUUUAAAUGUUUUCAGCUUUGAUGGAUUGAAAAUUGCAAACUUUGCGAACAGCAAGCUCAUAAAGUGUUUCAGUGCUUCCCAGAAACGGAGAAUUUACCAGAUUCAGCGCUGAAAAAAUAACAGGUUUUUCUGCCCAGCUCCUAAACCGAUGUUUACUUGAUGAUUUGGCAUGUUAACGGGGCAGAUGGUGCAUCCGUUGGAGCAGACCCAUUGGGUGAGUAACCAAAUAGCUGCGAUUACCAUGCCAGGAAUCUUAACUUGCAGGCUGUAAAGAUUAUAUAAGUGAUAGACUAUACCUAGAAGCUACAUAUAGUGAGUAUUAUACAAGCAGGUGUAAUGCAGGUCCUUUUACAGGCUAUAAGCAACCCUCAAGAGGUGGAGAAGCCGUUGUGGUAGUCAGAUUUCCCAGGCAGAAGAUAUUCAGAUAGUUUCCUCACUGACUUGAGAGAAGUAGACUGGAAGUUCUGGGUUUUCUUUGAAGUGCAGUUGUGUUGCUUUUUAAUACGUAGCAUAAAACAUAAUGUUAAAAAAAAAACCAAAAUAGUAUCGUGCCUCGAAUUCCUGAAAAUGAUGAUCUGAGGAGCUCGCUGUCUCACUUUCAGCAAAAUCUUAUCUUGUGGCAUCAGAUUUUUGUCCAUUGAAUGGGAGUGAAAGAAGUUUCUGUGAAUGGUAAGUUACUGACAGUCGACCAAAGCCUGUUUCCCAGAGCAGCUGAAGUAGAACUUUGCUAAAAGGUGUUAAAAAGCCCAAAGUGACUUCAGUAGCAGGCAGGUGAUUCGUACAAAGGGUGUGUAAAAAUCCCAAACCUGGCACUGUUGUGAAGCAGCAGCUUGAUGGAGCUCAGUUGCUUCUGUUUAUCUCUCCACCUGCCAAAACUAGCACUUGGAAUAAGAAGAAAAAUUUUUUAAAUAAUAAUAAUAAUAAUAAUAAAAAUACAGCAGUGGUGCCUUCCGCGCUGUUCUGGGUAUCUCCUAACCUUGUCACUGAGCUUUAGUGACUGUGAAUUAUCGGAGCUGGGAGCAAUGUUCUGUCAGGAUACAGUCUUGGAAACUCCCCAGCGCCGCUGGAGCGAGCUCAUGGCCGGGUCUCUCAGGCCAGUGCUGCUCGAGAGCUCUGUUAGGAACGAAAGGGAAAUGACUGAAGUCAGAAUUCCAUCGCUUGGUUUGUAUUUGUUGAUAGAAGAAGCUGGUUAUUUUUUUUGUGUUUUUUUUUUUUUUUUUUUUUUUUUAAAUAUCUGUGAAUACAUGUGAAACUAUCAGCCCAAAAGGGUUUGGCCAGCAAAACUUUGGAGGAAAGGAAGGGAAACUUAAACCUGUUUCUUACCCUGGUAGGUGAUACAAGUUUUCUACAGUAGCUCUCCCUGUUCAUAUUAAGAAAACAGGAAUAUGAAAAGCGAUUCCAAAGGGCUCCUGGCACCGUCGUUGUUGAUCAGGUCAAUUCUUUUUGCAAAAAACCUAGAUAACUCACUCCUCUGAAAACUUGCCUCCUCUCCGUCAUCAUGUGGUAGGAACUGAAAGGGAUAACAGCGCUGAGGCUCACAAAUUCUAUGUAAUAACUGGGAAAUCAUGGUAAUUGCAGGUAGUUCCAGCUUUUCGGAGUUCUUCUUGCCAGCUCCCGAGCGUAUCCCUCGCUGGAGGCGGCGUAUCUUACCGCCUUCAGCCUUUUUGCACUCCUGUUGCUUGGAAGUGUUUCACUUUGACCUAUCCAGCCCUAUAAAUUGUUCCAUUUUAGCACAAAUGCAGCUUGUCUGCAAGCCUGCUAGAUAUCCCGUGGCAGGGCUAGAGAGGGAGAGAAGGACCUGGGUUAUUUUAUCCACGGUGAUACUAAAAAUUAAAUAGCAGUGCCGGUGUUCUAACCCUCUGGGCUUUUGUCUUGAGUUUCAGGCCAAGCACUGGUGUCUUUUUGUGUCCUUUGAGAAAAACCUUCUUUCAGUUUUCCAGCAUCCCUCCAGGCGAGUGCUCUUGCUGCAGGCUUCCUUGUGCAGCAUGUGUGGGAAUUUCUGACCGGUGCCGUGCACUGACAGAAGGUGAUGGUGUUACCCCUCCUUCAGAGGUGCAACCUGUGGGAUUUGACGCUGAGGAUAAUUCCAGUUUCCUUUUCUCUCUGCAUAGUUCUGCCUUCUUCCUCCCCGGCAACCGUCUCGGGCUGUAGAUGGUUCAAUUUAUCCAACUUCUGGUUGCACGUGCUCCUUUAAUCUUCUCCAUGCAUCCCAGUUAACUCGCAUGUGCAGCGUAACAAAUCUUACCUCGUCCUUAGAGGGAUGAGGAAACUUAAGAGUCGGCUGGGAAUGUCUUUAAGCUGAUGUUGCUGCUCUUACUAUGACGUUUGCGCAGCCUUUGCUGACCUUACCCAGCCCCUCGCCUUGCAGGAGGAGCGCCAAGACCUUUUUUAGGAGUGCAAGAAAGAAAAAGUGCUGUUGUUAAAUUAGAUUUUUUUUUUUCUUUUUUUUUUUUUUUUUUUUCGGAUGCAUAGAUGCCAGGGCAGGAUCCUGUACUGCUCUGCAUCCUCAGGAAUAAAUCAAUUUACCUGCGGAGGGGUGGGAAUACGUAAGGCUGGCUGGAACUUGCGGGAUACAAGUGGUACUAAAGGCAACAUGCUUUAAAUAAGAGAAGUGCCUUUAAAUGUUUACAGUGUUUACCAGAGAGCCCAGUUUGAGAAGUUACGUGAGUUUGUGUUUAGGUGCUUGGCUGAAUUGGGUCUGGAGUGUCUCUGUGAAGUGAGGAGCAAACCAACAAGCUCUAAAAUGGUGUAAAAUGGAAAAAAAAAAAAAAAAACAAAAAAACCUGCACAGAACUCCCUACGCUGUGAACAUACAGCUAUGGAUGAGCUGCUUUUUAUUAUUUGGUUUUAAAUAUUGCCCAGCCAUGACCAAAAUUAUUCUGUCACCUGAAAAAGACCAGCAGGGUGUUCAUGACUCGUCUGCACCGCACCGUUUUUAGACGCUGAAGCAGCCGCUCUCCGUACGGGGCCCGUCGCCGACGUGGUCCGAGACAGGAUGUAGCGUGCGGCACCUCGUGUAUUUUAAGCUUUGCAAUCAUUCCAGCUUUCAUUUUACGAAAUAUUUUUAGCUGUGAUCAGCUAGUACUGUGUGGUGGUUUGUUUUUUGGGGGGUUUUGGGGGGUUUUUUUUUGGUUGCUGUUGUUGUUUUCCCUCCUUAUUCUGAAGACUCAUUGCCAAAUAAAAGCGUUUGGGCAGGGGAGUGAUUCCAGGCCGUGGUUGCAGGGCAGCACGUCCUCAUUUCUCAGACCUGGCCGCUGCGGUUUCCCCACGUCACCAUCUCCUUUUCCAGCUCAGCACCCGCCUGCCCCUCGGAGAGGUUAUAACACUAAAGAAAACCAGUAGCAGGGACCUAAAUAGUCUGUCUUACAACCUUGCCCUUCCGUGGCUUUUUACGGACGUUUGCAAGAGAAAAGGUAUUUGCUUCUCUGAAUUCAAAAAAAAAAAAAAAAAAAAAAAAAAAAGUUUGGGUGCCUGAAACAUGUUGUGUUUUUUUUUUUUUUUUUUUAAAAAAAAGAGGAAACAUAAGGCAAGAACAGACAAUUUGCUGACUGCUCGCGCAGCUGAGACUGGCAGUAAGGAUGAUGUAGCAAAAGACAAGCUUGCCAGCAGCUGCCAUUUCCUUGCUGUCUCGGUAACUUUAUAAAAACCGAUUGCCUUAACUGUUUUCUGAAGGCUUAUUUAACGUUCAGAAUGUGUCGAGGCUUGUCAUGUUUGCAUUUUAGAGGAUUGGAUGAUGUAAAGAAAGUGUAUUACAAGGUGCGCGAGACGCGAUUUGAAUACCUGCUCCAUAGCAACUCUUCUUUGGGACUGUUUCGAGGUCAUAGGUUUUAGCUCCUACAACUGUUUCAAUCCAUGGAUAUAACUGAUGUUUUCAGCCUAAACUUUAGAAAAAAAAAAAAAAAAAACAAACAAAAAACUUGGAGCUGUUAUUUUAAGAUUUGUAUUCUUGGCACAAUAACUGAAGAAAAGCAGCAAGCGUAAAAAUAACCUCUCGUGGUUGCUAUUUUUAUACAGGUGUGAACACUGGAGGAGUUUCAGACCAUGCUCUGAUCUUGCUUACAAAGAAAAGGAGAAAAAAAAAAAAAUGUGUUAUAACUGAUGUGAAACUGUGAAAAUUGUUUUGUUUUUUUUUUUACCUGACUGCUAGGAGACCUGGUUUGAGGCCCCUGUAAAGAGAAAAGCGAAUUUUCACAGCUUCUUUCCUAUCUAAUAAUUCUACUUUGAAUAGAAACUCCCUCCCCCAAAGAACCCCCCCACACACCCCCAUAUAGGAUAAGUUUUGUGGUUUGUGUUCUUUUUUUUUUUUUUCUUUUCCCCCAGAGGAUCCUGUUGACCUGGGACUAUCGUCUUUGAUGCUGGGCAGGUCUGUUUCUGAUUUCUUCUUCUUCUUUCUAAACUAAUUAAAGGCAACAGAGGAAAUGAUUCUUUGCUCCGUGCUUUGCUUCCAGACGGUUACCUAGUUAAAAAAAUCACUUUAGAAAAUAGACCCUAAAGUUGUCCAUCCUCAUCGUGCGAUCGGGCUUAAUGGACAAACUGUAUGUUAGAAGAAACCUGUUGUAUCUUACUCAUGGGAGUUAAAUGGUGGAGUUUUUUGUUCGAGUAUCUUUCACCUUUCCAGAUAAACACUAAGCAUCCUGUAUCAAUUACCUUUUCAGUGUCUCCUUCUGUUCUACUACUGUAAGCAUGUUUUCUGUUUGUCUUCAACAGAUCUGCGCUCUUGCCUAGUGCCAUGGGUGUGAUUGAAACUCCCCCGAACACAAAUAGUAUUUUUGAUGAUAGAUGCCCCUUGGUCGGACCGUGGCGCUUGCUUCUUACCGCUGUCAGUGUCACUCUGUUGUACCAAAGUGGCUUCAAAACGUUCUGUCAACUGAGUCGCGGGUGGCCGGGUUUGUGUAAUGCAGCUGAGGGAUGUACCCCGUGACUCAGUUUCGGCGCUGUUCUUUUCAGAAUAAAAAAAAAAAAAAAAAAAAA